AUGAACCCCAUCCAGGAGCGCUUCAUGGCCUACCAGCGUCCUCCGCACCCGUACACGGGCAGCUGGAAUGACCUUCUCUUCGGCAACGAUAACGAUCUCGACGUUGUUGCCAAGUUCGACCGUGCCGCCGGCCUGAAGGAGCUCGAGGACGCCGCCAAUGCCACUGAAGACCUGCCAGUCAAGUACUCCAUCUAUGCCAAGAAGUGCUCCAGCCCAGCCGCGAUCGAGGCAGUUCGCAAGCAUCUCGACUCUGGUGUUCUGGCCAAGCUCGCAGCGAAGCAGGUGGCCAACUACUUCAACCCUAUCAAGUCCAGCGACUUCACCAACAACGGCUACACCUGCGUCAUUCUCGGAGCCUGCGCUAUGUCGCUUGGCUGCACGGCCUUCGAGUCGCUGGAGGGAUAUCACAUGUUCUUCGACACCUACAAGAAGUUCAUGCUAGGCAUCUUUGAAACAGCACCCUUCACCGACGAAGCCAUGGGCCAGAUCGAGAAGGCUCUCAAGGGCAACAAGAGCUUCCGGUCUGGCGUGCCAUACGACUUCAACUCCCCAACCUGGGAGGAGUACCGCGACCAGAAGAUGGCUGAAGGCUACACUCCAGCCAAUGCCUCACCAUGUUGGACAAUGAACAACGGCGGUCGACCAGAUCAGUACAAGAGCACUCGCAAGCCAGCCGCCAAAGCCAUCAGCGUGGUAGGGCCUGCCAUGAAGGAGAACAUGGGUUACGAAGGAGAUGAAGGUUGCGGCUCGUGCAACAAGAAGGACGCCAAGCUCCGCUGCGCUCGUUGUACGGAGCAAACAUACUGCGACAAGGACUGCAAGAAGAAGGACUGGUUCCGUCACAAGGCGUGCUGCCGAACGCCAUCUGAUGCUCAAGCGAUGCGGCUCAACGCGGACAGGUGGAUGAACGUCUUCGAUAUGGGCACUGGCGCUUGA